CGUCGACGACAGCUCCCAGCCAGCUCUAAUCGAUCGGCAACUUCCCUUCAUUGCUACACUCCAUCUUCAUCUUCUCAUAUUGCUGCUGCUAUUGACGCCGCCACGAUGAGCUCGGCGCCGCUGGCUGCCGACGCAAAGCACAAGGGCACGCUAGCCUGCGUUGUCCUCAAGGCUAAAAAUCUGCCAAACAAACGCUCCAUAGGCAAGCAAGACCCCUUUGCCGUCCUCUCCAUCGGCGAAGACAAGAAGAAGACGAAAGCAGACAAGCGAGGUGGGCAACACCCGACAUGGGACGAGCAGCUUCACUUCGAGAUUUAUGAUGAUAUCGAAGACGUCGUGAGCGGGGCAGGCAGCAGCGACUCGACGCCUAGCAAUACCAUCAAGGCAGGCUCUGCUGCCACAGCCACCACGACGGCAAAGAAGCCAGUGAAAAGCAAAAAGAUUCUCAAGGUCGCAUGCUACGCAGACGACAAUCGCGAGCCGGACUUCAUUGGCGAGGGACUGGUAGAUCUGACUGGCGUCCUGAAGACGGGAGAGUUUGACGAAUGGGUUACCAUCAAGGCUAAAGACCGCUAUGCUGGCGAGGUGUACCUCGAACUCACCUUCUUCUCGUCAGGACCUCGACCCAAAAGGAAGAAGGCGAAGGCGCCUCAAGCUGCGCUCGACUCGGCCGCUGGCACUUAUGGUGGAGCGGGAACGUUUACCGCUGAAGUUGAUGAGGCAGAUUUUGGUUCAGGGUCAGGGUCAGGGCCGUUGCCUCCUGCCAAAGGUGGUAGCAGCCAUCCGCCCAUUCCUUCGUCGAUGAUGCCGGCGAAUGGCCAUCACGGCAGGAUGAGCACAUCAGCGUCUACGGCCACCAUGGGCUCGUCACGGCAGCCCUUCACACAUUCACAUACGGUCGAUGAUAUCCCGUCAUCUCUGCGGCCUAGCUCAUCUCUGGCGGGCCUGGCCACCUACACACCACCCUACGCCCCAGCCAUGGUGCAUCGCGCCUCAAGCCCACAGCCUCCGCCGGCCCCUGGCCUCCCUCCUUCGUCCACAAUGCCAAGCUUUGACGACCGCUCCAGGAGAGAGAGCAUGCCAAGCUCCUUCUCACGGCCAGAGCUUCAUUCCCUGUACACCGCCCCUCCAAGCGAUCGCCCCCACGGGCAUACGCACAUGCCAAGCGCAUCCUCAUACUCCACUCUAUCACAAAUCCCCAGCUCCUUUUCGACGAGCUCGAUGGCUUCAAUUGCAACGAUCAGGCCUAACUCAGCACAACCUCCUCCCUCGAUGCCGGCCUACGACGAUCCCAUCAAUGACUUGAUGCGGCCCAUGAGCUCGAUGAGCAUGGCUGGAGCGCCGCCUCCCGCUCCUUAUGGCGGGCAAGGUGCUGGUCAGCCAUCACAUCCUCACUACCCCUCGCACGCUGCUUCGGCUCCUCCGUCGUCUGCUCCGCCAAACUCACAGCAGCAGCCAUACUACCAGCCUCAGCAGGCCCAGCAGCAGCCGCAACAGCCGCCGUGGGAGCACGCCCGUCCGCCAGCAAAUCGCGUCCCCAGCUCGACUUACGGGGCAGAGCCUUCGCCCUCGCCAUAUUCUAGCGGCCCUGUCGCACCCACGCCGCCACCACAGUCCACUUCUGCCCCGCCCGCAACAACCCCGUAUGCCCCUCACUCUUAUGAUUCCUAUCAAGGGCAGAGCUAUGAUCCUCAGGGACAGGCGCAAGGCUAUCCCUACCACGCACCGCAUCAAGCGACCCCGCCCCCUCUCCCACAGGCAACUCAGAUGGUCCAUCCUGCUCAGACAUUCAUCCCGACUCAAGGAUCGACGACAAACUUGGCGGCUGCAGCUCAACCGCCGCCUAGGCCCUCGUCACCCGCCACGUCGGCUAUCCAACAGCAACCACCUCAGCCUCCUCCGCCCCGACCGACAAGCACCAGCGGGUAUCAUGCCCUGCCACCGCUCCCCAGUCAGGGCGCCUACCGCGCGCCUUCGCCUGCGGGGAGACCACAGCCAUUGCCGACGCCGCCACCGCCUUCUCAGCAUCAGCAUCAGCAUCAACCGCCGUCAGUGAUCAAUGCGCAGUCCCUCUACCAGCCGGGUGGACAGGCACCACCACCUCACGGGCAGCAGAGAGCUCCUUCACCAUCUCCCUCAUACCAGUAUGAUGGCCGAGUUCCUUCGCCAGCGCCGAGCGCCCAGACGAUGAUGAGCCAUAGCGCAUCACAAUCGCAGAUGUCCGGCUAUUCACACGGCAGUGCAAGCUCAGCAGGAAUAUCGCGGCCUCUACCCCCACCAGGGCCUCAUCGUCAGCCCUCCUACCAGGCGAGUAGCCCAUACGGCGCACCUCAAGGAGCUUAUGGACAGCUAUCGCAGCAGGGUCAGCAGCAGAAUGACCCCUACCAGGGAUACGGAGUGCCUCAACAGGGCUACGGCCCUCAAUCUCAGCCUCCACCUCCCGCUGGGCAGGGCUAUGCUCCUCAACCGUCUCAUUACCAACAACCCCCCCACCAGCAACAAUGGCAGCAAGGUCCGCCCUCCAAUUCCACUUCUCCUCUCUAUCAGCCCCCAGCCCCUGAGCAACCUGCGUACAUUCAAAGCCCGUAUGAUGCGCAUGGUGGGCAGCAGCAGGGCUACCAGCAGCAGCAGCAGCAGCAGCAGCAGCCCCAACACUAUCAGCAGCCCCAGCAGCAGCCGUACCAUCAGCAGGGGCAACCCCAGCCACCUCAGCCUCCUCAGCAGAGACAGCCUGCAUAUGGGGGCUCGCCGUACUAGAUGCCUCUUUUCCUACUUUCCCUUUUCCCCUCGAGUGCCCUUCCUCGAUUCAUCGGACUCUCUCUUGCAUUUGUCAUGGAAAUGAACAAGCAAUCGCAUACGUUUUCAGCGGGCUUUCUUCAUCCCUACGCAUGUCUGCUCGGCGCGCCCCCU